AUGCCACAUCCACAGUUUCUGCAUCACUCACAACAAGUGAACCACCCACCAAAACCGUAUCUUUUUCUUCCGCUUCAGCACCGACAACAGCUUCAACAACGACAACAAACAAAAACAAAGGAAACAACACAGCGAAUGCCACAGGUACAACCUGCUCCUCAACAGGUACAACCUCCUCCGCAACGGGGACAACCUCCUCUGCAACAGGGAAAACAUGUUCCGCCGCCUCAGUUUGCCACGCUACAACCGUUUUCUGUUACACAAAUGCAACCGAGGUACAUUGUUCCACAACACCAACAAUUUCCUCCUCCUCAUAUGUUCCACCCACAAGAAAAUUACUAUUACCCACCACUUUAUCAACCUCAUCAUCAACUACCACAUACACCUAGACCAACCACCACAACAACUACCACAACUACCACCACAGCACCGGAAAUGGAGGGAGAGACGGAAGUAAAAUCAGGCACCCCUGCGCCGCAGAUCAACACCCAGUGUAACUACUGGGUCAUGGACCGCGGCGUGCAGAAGUGGUACCCGUGUCCAAUGCCGCCACAAGCCAGCACUACAACCCUGAGAACGACCACACGCCCCCACUACUGGUACAUCCAGAAGGGGGUGUAUAAAUGGUAUCCAUGCCCAACGCCGCCAGUACCCACGACAAUGCAAACGACCUUUGGAAUUUUCGACUUUAUAAUUGACCCCCCUACUACUCAGCUGCCCAUGCACGUCGUUCCAGUUGUUAGGCCCGGUCCUGUCAAAGUGGACAUCACGUAUACGGAGGUAGAGCAAAGCAAGUAA